AUGCUAUAUCCCCAGACACGAGAAUCGCGGCGUUUGGAAGCCGACGGUACCAUCGAAGGAACAUCAAAAGAUGAAAUUCGAAAGCUCUUUGACCGUGUUGCCUCGAGAUACUACCAUCUUCUCCGUGGCGAUCCACGGUCAGUUGAAAUUCACUCCUUACAGAUCCCGGAACUAUAUUACUCGCUACGAUAUGACAUAUUACACCGUACGGCCUUUGAUGCACAUCAGAGCCACCCAAUGGUGGACGUCUUCCAGCCAGAAAAUACCCUACCAUGGGCAUACGAUGAUGGAAUUUUAGUAUUUCAACCGGACAAGAAGCCGUAUCUGAUGUUUUCGGAUAUAGAGUCAGAAACUUCCCAUCCUAUACCGUUCUCUCUUCGCGGAAAGCCUAUUCGAAACAUCCGUAUCCAAUGCCGGAUCCUAUUGAUUGAAUGGAUCAAACUUGGACCAGGAGAUGAAGUAGGCCAUUUUGCUACAGCUUUCGAUAUAUUGGGCGACUCUUUCUCUGGUCGUAAACCAGUGUUCCUUGGGACAUGGUGUAUCGGGUCACCCUCAAGGAUGUGGUUAUCCCAAACGUGUUUCCACUCCUCGCAUAACCGGCACCAUUAUGUUCUAUACACGGGGGCCAGAAGUCAUGUGGAAUCAUAUACUUAUGGAGAUGAGACUCUGGAAGGAUUGAAGAUUUGGGAUAUCUCAAAUUUGAAAGCCCUAGACUCGCACCCAGAUUAUAUCGUGGAGCCAGAUAAUUGGGAAUCACCGGAUGACUCCUGGGACUUUAUAAAUGCUCCUAUGCGGUUCGAUCCUAGGGAAGACAGCUCUUAUAUCGUGCCUAAGCUUGUCACGGAAAUCAGCGUGCCAAUAUUACGGUUCUACGACUCGCUUCGGAUGAUUGCGCCUACACUACAGGGCCUCAGCAUCAAUAGCGAGGAAGGCAUCGUUGACAUCGUGGAAAACAUAUACCACAAUGAACUAUAUGAGGAUGAAGACGGGCCAUAUAAUCCCACCCCAAUAGUAACAAGCAUACCCUUCAUCGGCCAGGGACCAUGGUGGCGCCGUGAGGUACUAACCCAUGUCUUCCCAUAUCGCGGCCAUGACUCUUUAGAGUCGAGUCCGCUGAAAAUGCGCACAGUUCUUCCAUACCUUCAUGUAGCUGAAGUUACCGACGACAUUACAGGGGUUCGCUUUAGAUUGAGCAUGAAACCCCGGGAAAUAGGCAGUUCAGAGCCUCCGGAAUAUGUUGUGUAUAUCGAUCUACCUGGGCACGAGCCUGGUGACAACGAUAUAGAGAUAGAGGACGAUCUUGGGACAAUAGUUGGUCAAGGCUGCAAGAUACGCGGAGAUGAAAGGAUACUGAUUGGCGAAUACGGGAGUCAAGAGCUCUAUAUUCUUCGCUUUGAUCGACCGGAGGAGCCGUCGGUGGAGGUUGAAAAUUGA